AUGUACUUCCAAUCGCGAGUAUCCACAACCACCGUUCAUGAACUCCUCUUCGCCGACGACUGCGCCCUGAACACCACCUCAGAAGAGGAGAUGCAACGGAGCAUGGACUUGUUCUCCGCCGCCUGCGUGAACUUUGGGUUGGUCAUUAACACGCAGAAGACGGUCGUGAUGUAUCAACCGCCGCCACCCUACUCAGCCACACCCCCUUACGCUCCGCAAAUCAGAGUGAACGAAACCCAACUGCAGGUGGUGGAAAACUUCCUGUACCUGGGCAGUAUCCUGUCCGGCAAUACCAAGAUCGAUGACGAAGUCGCCAACGGGAUCUCGAAAGCCAGUCAAACAUUCGGCCGCCUCGUAAGCACAGUUUGGAAUCCUCACGGUCUCCAACUGAGCACGAAACUAAAGAUGUACAAAGCUGUCAUCCUGCCGCCGCUGUUGUAUGGAGCGCAGACUUGGACGGUGUGCGCGAGGCAGGCACGCCGACUGAACCACUUCCACCCUAGUUGUCUUCGUCGCAUUCUGCGGCUAAACAAGCAGGACCGAAUCCCCGACACUGCUGUGCUGGAAGGGACGGGAAUCCUCAGCAUCUACACCAUGCUGAGACAAAUGCAGUCGCGCUGA